GCUGGGAAUGGAUAGGUUUUCCUUAUUUUUGUCUGUAUAGGAGCCUCGGCCUCUCUUACAGACUUCGUCUUCAAAGCAAUUGGAGUCGUAGGUUUCAGAAGAUGUUGAACCACGUUUGAUUCAAGGAUUCCAUCUUUCUUUCUCUUUCUCUAAGGAGGCGAAAAGAAAUUCUGGGUAAGCCACCACGUAACUAGGAACUCUUAUGAACAAGUUAUGUAAAGACUAAUUGGGUGAAGCCAAGGAAAAAUGCCCAUGUUGAUAUCAACACGGUUAGUCCUUUUUGUUGGAGAUUCUCUACCAUUAAACAAAUUACAAUGUAUCUCAAGGACAGCUAGGAUUCAUUCUAGUCUGCAGCUCCAGAGACGGGUUGAUCAUGACAAUGGGCCCCUCACUCUUGCAAGCCUUGGAUUUAAGUGUGAAGUUGAGACAGCAAAGAAAGAUGAGACCAACAAACUUGGGGAGACAAGUCUUCAAGCCUAUAAGAGUCAAGUAAAGGCAGUGAGAAACAGUGUAAAUAAAGAUGUCAGGGUGAAAAAUCCACUUGAAAUUGAGGCUGCUCCCUUUUCUGCCAAGACAUUUUCCAUGUUGGGUUUGUCACCUUUGGUGAUUGAGCGGUUAGAGAAGGAAGGCCUUACUGUUCCGACUGAGGUUCAGUCCACAGCAAUUCCCACCAUUUCAAAGAAUCAUGAUGUCAUAAUUCAAUCAUACACAGGUUCAGGAAAGACAUUAGCAUAUCUCCUCCCCAUACUUUCAGAAGUUGGUCCAUUGAAGAAGAAGUUUGAUUAUGAAGAAGAACCUGUUAAGAAAACUGGUAUAGAAGCAGUAAUUGUGGCACCUUCCAGGGAACUAGGUAUGCAAAUUGUGAGAGAAGUUGAGAAACUGUUGGGACCUGGAGACAAGAAGGGAGUUCAGCAGCUGGUUGGUGGUGCCAACAGAUCAAGACAGGAAGAAGCUCUGAAGAAAAAUAAGCCUGCAAUAGUUGUUGGAACACCUGGACGGAUUGCAGAGAUCAGUGCGGCUGGAAAGCUGCAUACCCAUGGCUGCCGUUUUCUUGUCUUCGAUGAAGUUGAUCAGCUCCUUUCCUUCAAUUUUCGUGAGGACAUGCAUAGGAUAUUGGAACAUGUGGGUAGGAGAUCUGUUCCGGACCCAUCCAGUGGCCCACAAAGCCCAAUGUCUAGGCGGUCUGAGCGUCAGACUAUUAUGGUGUCAGCCACAGUGCCAUUUUCAGUGAUACGAGCAGCCAGAAGCUGGGGAAGGGACCCUCUGCUCGUCCGAGCCAAACGUGUUGUACCACUUGAGUCUGUUGCUGCUUCUGGACCUGUUCCUUUGUCUGGGCCUACUUCCAGUUCCACAUCAAACACUGUAACUCAAGGAGUAGUGGAGAGCUUACCACCAGGCCUGAAGCACUAUUACUGUGUAACAAAGUCGCAGCAUAAGGUUGAUACCUUGAGGAGAUGUGUCCAUGCACUCGAUGCCAAAUCUGUCAUUGUUUUCAUGAAUCACACCAAGCAGCUCAAGGAUUCUGUUUUCAAGCUAGAGGCUCGUGGGAUGAAGGCUGCAGAGCUUCAUGGGGAUCUGGGCAAGCUUGCCAGGUCAACAACUUUGAAGAAAUUUAAGGCUGGCGAGGUAAGAGUGCUAGUGACGAAUGAGCUGUCAGCGAGAGGGUUGGAUGUGGCAGAAUGUGAUCUUGUGGUUAAUCUGGAUCUGCCCACUGAUUCAGUUCAUUACGCACAUCGGGCUGGCCGGACAGGUCGGCUUGGACGAAAAGGAAAUGUUGUAACUAUAUGUGAGGAGCCAGAGGUGUUUGUUGUGAAGAAACUGCAGAGGCAACUUGGUGCUCCAAUUUUUUGUUGUGAGUUUACAGAGGGCAAGCUUGUUGUGUCCAAAGAAGGAGAAGAAGAUACCUUGAAGAGGUAGUUCUUUGAUGAGACCUUUCAUGUUUCCUUCUCAAAAUUUAUAUAUGUUGGCAAAGACUAUGUUCUCUCCUUUUCUCAUACGGAGGUCUCAUAUCAUCUAUGGUGCAAGCUCACUGCAGUCUAGAUGACAUACCAUUGGCCUAGAAUCAAUUUCUGAUGAAGCAAGGUGCGUAUUUCUCUCCAACUUGUUUUAGGUUGCUUCUUGGAGAAAAAUGUGAAGUAUAUGCGGAGUACAUGUUACUUGGAAACGGUUUUCAGUCUUCUAAUGUAUCAGGGGAAGCAAGAAACUGCAACAAGGUUUUCAGUUUUUAAAUGUACA